CCGCCCCCGGAAGCCCAUGGGGGUGGGAGGGAGGGAGAGCGCAGCCUAAAUGGUUAGGGGGCUUGGCUUGGGAGACCCCCAGGGCUCAAACACAAAUGCAUUUUGUGUUUUCAUCUUGCAUCUCUAUGCUGUGACAUUUUUUAUGCCCCGAGAUCUACGGACAAGGCCUUUGACAAGGCAGGCGGCCCUGGAGGUGACCGCACGGCAUUGCCGAAAAGAAGCAGAGCAGUAUGGCCAGUGUGUGGCUGCCAACCCUUCCUCCUGGCAGCAGGACUGUCACCAGCUCAAGCUUGAAAUGGCCAAGUGCACGUCAUCCCAAGCCUCCAGAUCUCACCCCCCACUGGACCUGGUCGAUGCCAUACAGUCAAACCUCGGUUUACGCCUACCUCGGCGAGCGACCGCUUUGGCGAGCAACUGCCGUGGACCCGGAAGUGUUUACAUCCAGGUUCCGCAGCAUCGGAUGCGCAGACACGAUCUGCGCAGCUCACGCACGCGCAGAAGUGUGCCUUCGGGGAGUGGCCGCUUUGGCAAGCGUCUGCCUCCACGGAACGGAUUGCGGUCGCAAACCGAGGUGUGGGGACAAAGACUGAGAGAAAGUGGUUUGCCAAAGGCUACUAACCCAAUUGUACAGAAAAUCCGCCACGAUUGCGCCGAACCAUUUUCUGCAUUCGAACAGUGUCUUAAGCUGAACCAGGCGUCUGUAGUCAAUUGCACUGAACAUGUCCAGAAAUUCCUGCUCUGUGCUGACCAGGUGAAACUGGCCACAUAAGUACCAAAAAAGGUGAUCUUCUCUGUGUUAACUCUGCGGUGUCCACUGGAUUAAAGGUUCCUGGUUCCAGGAAUGGCAACAACGUCAUCCUCAAGAUCUACUAGGACACAAGAAUUGCUUCCCGGUCCUGGAAGCCCAUUUCUGCAGCCCUGCCUGCCAAUGCCAUCUCAGUGUGCCACAUUGAAGUGCAACUUCUGAUCAAUAAACCAUGGGAACCACAUCAGCAUGACCAUGGUAGUCUCAGCUCCAUCUGCAAAGCCAGCCCUGCCUCUUGGAGCCCAG